AUGGUCAAUACCUCCCGAUCCCGCACCGCUCUGUCUCCUAUCCCUCAAAAUCAGUCGGCUGUUGACGCUCCGGCACCUGUCGGACGUAAAAGCGCACCUAGCGCCACCUCGCGCACCACCGCCGACAUUACCAGGCGGUCUGCACUUCGUACCAAGCUUGCUCGCGCAAGCUCCACGCUCCUCCGUUCUCCAUCACUGGUCAAUCACGCUUCUUGCAUCGUCGAGCUACCGCUCGUCAAUGCCUCACCCUUUGCAUCCAUGCAUGUGGCCGAAGUACGAGCAGGUCUCAAGCGCAAAAUGGGCGCUCGAGACCAACUAGGCAGAGCAAGCCAGGCUACCACACACACUCGAUCACCCUCCGAGUAUGCGAAUGCUUCUGCAUCCCACGUUCAGCGCCGGUCAGCUUCGGCCUCGACCCGCAGUCGCAGCGGCAAGCAGCUCAACAUCGUCACUUCCCCCCACAUACCUCGCGACAAACCUGUGUCGUCUGCCAGUGAGCUGUCCGACUGGUCCUCCGUUCUUUCCGCAUCGCCCACCGCAUCUCGUCCACCUACGUCGAAGUCGGAGGAACCUGUCACACUCGCAACAUCUCGUCCCGGCAUUCAAACUCGUCGCUCCGGCCGCAACUCGCUCUACAAGACGCUCGAUGGCAUGACGCUGGAGGAACGUGACCUGGGCAGAUCCAGCAGAUCCCAGUCUCGGAACGUCAGCCGUCAGAAUAGCUCUCUCAAUGCCAGCAGAGUGGACGACGACCCUGCCGUUCCUCCGACCUCACACCACCUUGUUCGUACGAAAGCAGCAGACUCCAUCAGAGCAACACCAGAUUCGGAUCCGAGCAGCGAUGCGAGCAUCGAGAUGGACGAUGAGGAGGCAGAGCAGACCCGUCUCGUCUCUUCCGCACCAACCUGGCAGCUGCAUCGUCUGCGCAAGGAUGAGCUCAUCCAGCUCUGCUACUCAGCUGGCGCCUUUCUCAAUGCUCCCACCCAUGACGAGCUCGAACUCGUGACAAAGCAGGAUCUCGUCAAUCUGAUCAUUACCUGCCGAUCUCGACUCGAUCGCUCCCGAUCUGGCGAGCGUAACGCCUCGACUUCUUCGCACCGACAGUCCCGCUCUCGUCGCCACUCGUCCCUUGGGUACAGCGAGCAUUCCGACGAGAUUGCUGACCCACAUCAAGACGCGCGUGAUGCGCUGUGGGCGACAUCAUCAUCACGCGCAUCGCCGUACCGGCUUGUUGAUGCGUCCCUUCGUACUGCUUCUUCUAGCUCGGCAGAAGAUCGCGAAGGCGAUCUCACAGACGCAUCCAAUGAGGCAGGCGGGGAAGAGACCGAAGCUGAGCGUCACGGCUCGCCGAGCGGUCGACGCCAAGGCGGCCGACUGCCUCACGCCAGGUCGAAGGCACUCGCACAAGGCGCUGCUCUACGUCGCAUGGAUUCGGCCACUUUUGACGACUUGGAACCUUCCAAGGCGAAUCAGACUCCGCGCCGGCAGUUGCGCAACAAGACCGCAUUGCGUGGUGCGCUAGUGCAGCGACAAAGAUUGGCCAACGGUUCCGAAGCCACGUCCGCGUCAACCUCGUCCUCGAUCUUUGGCGGCCGAAGUUCGCGCGCUUCUACCGCGUCAGUCCCGCCAUUUGGGCACAGACACCAGCUAGGCGUAUUUGUGGCCUCGUCACCCAUUCGAACACGAUCGCGCACCGCUCGCCUCACACUUGGUCUGUCGUCCAGGCGAAAGACAGGCACUCGUGGGGUCGGCGCCCCUGACGUCGCAUCCUCAGCUCAAGAUCCAAUGGCAACGCCAAAAAUCGGACAUCGUCGACCGCGACGCGGCAAGAGGUCCGUGAGGUUCAAUGCCGGUCUCAUCGCCCAAAAUCACGAGCACGAGCAGGACGAAUGGAUGGAAGACCUGUCGUCCGACAGCGAUGCCGUCGCUGCAGCUCUGCAAUCCGAAUCAAUGGUCCUGAAUCGAGACGGCUCCGAACCCGUGCUGACGCGAAGCGGUACGACCCGAGCAAUCCCACGGAGAGCGCUCCGCGCUAGACGAUCGACGGCUGAUUCGGAUGCAAGCUUCACCUCGCACCAGCCUCGCAGCCGCAGCGCCUCAAUUGAGGCACCCUCGCUCGCUAGCGCAGAGAAUGCAUCGGUCAACGGGCCCCACGACGAUGACGACAUGCUCGCCAGCGAAGGAGAGGGCGACGACGACGGUGCCACUCCGACCAAAUUCCGCAAGCUUCGAAAUGGAAAGCUCCGUUUGGUUGUCGGUGCUUCGGAGGACGCGUCCGAUCUUCAAACCGGCCGAGCUGAGCAGCUCGACGAUAUCAAUAUGGUUUCUGCCGACGAAAUUGUCCAUCGAGAUCGCCAUCAACGCACAGAUUCUUCGGAGGCCGAAGCAACGGCUUCUGAGGGGUCCGAUGAUGUGAUGCUGCAACCGACUUUUGCCACGCUCUCACGACUACGCAAGUCUGAGCUAGAGCGAUUGUGCCUGGAUCGUGAGAUCGACAUGGACGAGGAAGACAAGAAGGCCGGUCUGAUCAAAAAGCUGCUCGAGUGGCGUCAGUUCUCCCAGCUUGAUGCCGAGAACGGUGCUCGCCUCGACGACGACGACGACGACGCAGACGAAACGCGAUCAGAUCGUUCAACCGCCACGGCCGUAGCGGAAGACGAUCAAGGCAAGUCCGGACAACGCACUCCUACUCGAAGACGAAACACCAGAGCGACCAGCAACGCCUUUCCUUCGGCUACUGACAGCGACCAGCCUUUGUUGCUUCGUGCACGUGGAAAGGUGGUGUCUUCCGAAAAGCUGCCGACUCCGCCGCUCACUUCGAACAACGAAGAGGCCAACGCACCGCAGCCAGGCGACGGCGUCGAUGAGCUCAACGGCCUCGAUCUCGAGAGUUUGAACCUCACCGACAAAGAGAUCGCACCGUCCAAGCUCGAGAAGCUGGAAAAGAUCGGUUCGGGCGGGUUCAAGGACGUCUACGUGGGCAAGUACCGCAUCUCCAAGACGCGCGUCAACAAGGUGGCCAUUGCCGACAUUCGAGAUCAGCUCACGGAGAUGGAUAUCAAGGAGCUCAGCCUGUUACGGGAUCUGCGCCACGAGAACAUUGUGCGGUUCAUCGGUGUGAGCAUCCCCGAGGAUCCUCGCCACGUGCCCUGCAUGAUCGUCAGCGAACUGUGCUCGAACGGCGACUUGUUCGACUACAUCCGCAACACGCAAGCACCCAGCGAUGCCGAGGUGUUCCGAAUCCUCCUCGAGACAGCGCGUGGACUCGAGUAUCUGCACACGCGGACGCCAGCCAUCAUACAUCGCGACUGCAAAUCCACCAAUGUCCUCAUCACACGGCGCAAGACGGCCAAGAUCAACGAUUUCGGGCUUGCGCGCGUCAAGAACACGUCGCGGUCGAUGAUGCGGUCGUUGGUGGGCACGGUCAACUGGCAGGCCGUGGAGCUGUGGGUGCCCAAGCCGCAUUACAACGAGAAAGUGGACGUCUGGUCAGCAGCCAUGACGUUUUGGGAGGCGUUGCAGUGGCAUCAGCCCGAGAAGAAGUAUCCAUUCCAGGGCAUGAACGAACACCAGAUCUACCAAGAUGUCGGGCAGAAGAGGCAGCGUCCCUAUACGGGCUUCAUCCGUCGUCAGUUUGGCGGCGAGAUUGUCGAUCUUCUGGAUCGCAUGUGGGAUCACACACCCAAGAACAGACCCAGCAUGACCGAGGUGUGCAGCGAGCUCGAGUCGCUUAUCAAGAUGAAGAAAGAGGCAGCGGCGGCAGCGGCGAGUAGCGCGACCCGAAAAUGA